GAAGCUGUCAUGUAUCACUGGCUCCCAAUCACGUUCUACGAAGAAAUUUUUUGUUAGGAAGUUGGUCGUCUGAUACCUACUAAGUCUGUGAACUACAUGUGUCUCAUAGUCAACAAGUGCUUUAGUGUCCGCGGAAUUCUUAAAUUUAGACCUGUUUUUUUAAGUACAAUGUCUCUGGAAAAAGCUAAACAAGUUGCCGCAUAUCGAGCGGUAGAUGAAUUUGUUACGAAUAAUUGUGUUUUCGGUGUGGGCAGUGGAUCUACUGUAGUCUACGCUGUACAACGCCUCGCCGAAAAGGUUGAAACUGAAAAUUUGAAGGUGACCUGUAUACCGACAUCCUUUCAGGCAAAGCAGCUAAUCUUCAAACAUAACCUCACUUUAGGAGAGCUUGAUACUAAUCCUAUCCUCGAUGUUACCAUCGACGGCGCCGAUGAAGUGGACGCCAACAUGACUCUAAUCAAGGGGGGCGGUGGAUGCUUAUUACAAGAAAAGAUUGUGGCUUCGUGUUCCAAAAUAAUGAUUGUUAUAGCAGAUUACACCAAAGAUUCAAAGAAAUUGGGUGAAAGAUAUAAAAAGGGUAUACCUAUAGAAGUAAUUCCUAUGGCAUAUGUUCCCAUUAAAAAUAAAAUUGUAUCUGUAUAUGGAGGGGAUAUUAAAUUGAGAAGUGCUGUUGCAAAAGCAGGUCCUGUAGUAACAGAUAAUGGUAACUUCAUUCUAGACUGGCUAUUUACCAAUCAAGAUUUAGAUUGGCAUAAUGUGUCAACAGCUAUAAAAAAUAUACCGGGAGUAGUGGAAACUGGCUUAUUUGUAAAUAUGUGUCAUAAAGCUUACUUUGGCCAGCCAGAAGGAAUUGUGAUUGAACGAUCAGCUUCAUUGUAAAUAUUACAUUUUAAAAAUUACUUUCCUAACCAGACUUUAUUUGUACAUGUACAAUAAUUGUACAUUUUAAUACUUUGCGUUUACUUCAUUUAUAGUGAUUUUUAUUCAAGCAGUUUGUAAAAAUCAUUAUCUUAAGUUAUAUGUAAGAUUCAAAAUAUAUUUUAAAACAGCAAUGUGAAUUAAUAUUUAAAAAUAGAAUUUACCACUGUUUAAAACCUGAACACAUACAGUGUUAUUACAAAAAAGAUAAACACGCGUUAAACACGUGUUUAAAAAUUGUUCUAUUUGAGCAUUGGUUAAGGCAAAACAACCCUUUAACAUUGUUUAAAAUUUAAACACAUGUCAUGUUGACACAUGAUAUGUUGUUUAUCGAGUAUCUUACGUUUCACAAUAUUUCACUAUAGUUUUGACUUUGAUAAGAAUUAUGUCUUUGAAUUUAAAUUAAAAAUGAUAAUUUUAGAUUAAAUAUUUUCAUUUACAAAAAUUAUUAACUAGUGUGUUUAAAAGAUAUCUUUUUACGUCUAAAAUUUAUUAUAAGUUUGUAUACAGCAUGCAUAGAAUUGAACGUGUAUGAACGAAUGAAAGCCAGUAGUACGAAUGUUUCUUUACUUAGACAAUGUUUAAAAAUGAAUUUGUAAUAGGAAAAAUUAGACAUCAUUUUAAACAGGGUUUAUAUUCUUAAACACAGUUUAGAUAAAACACUGUUUAACGUCUCUUUUGUAAUAACACUGUUGAAAGUUAAAAUGUCAAGUUUUAUUAUGCAUGUAGAUUAGAUGCCUUAAUCUUGUUUUAAGUAAUUGUUGUAUUAUGAAAUGUUACUGUUAAAUCCUAUUAGCUUUAUGACAAUAUUUUUUUAUACAGAAUGUUAAAUGUAUUCUAAAAGAGGUAUUUUUUGACAAGAUUUUGUCUUUUUCCUGCCAAAAGCAGUAAGAAAAAUGUGUACUAAUUGUGUGCUUUAACAUGACACCCAGGGGCCUAUUUGAUUUGUCCUCAAAUGAAAAAUUAGAAAAUUUUGAUAAGUUCUUAUAAUUUCAUUAAAAUUAUAUUCAUGAUGAUUAUCUGUGCAUGGGAAGCAGUGUCCUGUACUACAUCCAUUGCAUCAUAAAUUACCGAAAAAUGCAUUUCUUUGGAAUCAUUAGCAUUUUGAUAAUAGAUGAAAUUUCGUUUUUGGAGAAAUAGCAUAGGCCUUCAGGUUUCAUGUUAAUUUGUACAAGUAGUACUAUGGUAAUCAGACCUAUGUAUUUUUAUCAUAUCAACAUAUUUCAAUAGGAGACAAAGUUCAAAUCAGUGACACUGAAUGACAUUAAAAGUUUUCCUGUGGCCUUAAAAUAUCAUAUAUUGGGUAAAAUAGAUGUGUACUGAUUCACAAUGAAAAUACAAGCAUCAAAAUAUUGACCGUUU